AUGAAAAGUGUGAAUUCUUUCGAAGGAAGCAAACAACCAAUUUAUUGUGUCAAAUAUACUCAAAACGGAAAAUACAUUUUGAGUGGAGGAGAAGAUAGAAGUAUUAAGCUAUGGAAUGCAGAGUCGUUUAAAAUGAUUCAAACGUAUAAUUCUCCAUGUAGAGAAGUCCUUGAUUUUGUAAUUACUCGAGACAAUGGGAAAGUUGGAUGUGGAGGGAAUGAAGGGUGUGUGUAUAUGAUAGAUUUAGCGUCUUCAAAUAUUGUUCGAAAGUAUGGAGAACACGGUGGAAGAGUUAAUUGCGUCAGUUUUAAUGAAGAAGAGAAUGUACUUUUAAGUGGAUCAUAUGAUAUGAAAGUAUACAUGUUUGAUUUAAUAGGAAGACAAAACACUCCAAUAUUUACGUUUUGUGAAGCGAAAGAUGCAAUAGAGUCGAUUCAAGUCGUACAAGAAUUAGUAUAUACAAUAUCCGUGGAUGGCUGUUUAAGGUGUUAUGAUCUUCGCAAAGGACUCCUUACUACUGAUAACAUUAAUAAGCCACUUACAGGUAUAAGUAUAAUCAACAAUAAAACAUUGGCCCUUUCAAGUUCGUUUGAUUCGACAAUAACUAUUUUCAAUCGGGCACUUGUUAAAACAGAAAAGGUGUUGAAGUCCCACGUUAACAAAAAAUUCAAAAUUCCAAAUGUGACUUCUAUGGACAAAACAAUAAUUUUUACGGGAGAUGAAGAAGGGUAUUUAGUCGAAUAUUUUUUGCCAACAUGUAUCAUAUACUCCAGUUUGUGCUGUGUCAUCCAGCACAACAUCAACGGUAAUAGCAUUCGGGACUCAAGAUGGCAAAAUUGGAGUAAUUUCUUAUUAAUUUUUAGUACCAUUUUUAAUACAAAAUUUUGUACCAAUUAUCCUUUUCUAAUCCCAUUUUUAUAUAUUUAUUUAUAA